AUGACUUCGCAGGACACGAAUCUUACAAUUGAACCAGAACCAACUUUUGAAAAUGAACAAACAGCACACAAUUCUCCAUCGAAAAUGUUUAAAUUUAAAGAGAAAAUAUUAACAUCUAUAAGAGAUCCAAAGACCGUUAUGAAAAUUUUCUUUUCAGUUAUACUUUUAAUUGUGGGUAAUGCCGUGUUAUUUAUGUCACUCAACUGGGUCAGCCUAAGAAAUAAAAAGGAGACUGCCUUAGGGAUCGAGAUUGGUACUCAAAUUGUUACCGCAAUACUUGUCCUUCUUGCUCUCUUAUCGCUUCGCGCAACAAUAGCUCCUUUUAUCCGGUUAAUCCUUAUGUUUUUCAAAAGAGACGAAUCCACGAGAGCGGCAACAAUAAAUUCUAUUAAAAAACAUAUUAAAUGGUUUGACCCCGAACAUGACUCUUUGGUAUUGCUAUUUUUGGCACUAUUCUUCUCGAACCUAGCCACUAUUGCACAAGGAGCAAUGGCCUAUUUCAUGUGGAAUUUCUCUGCUUAUGACAAAGACGACAAUAUUAUCCUUAAAAUGAUAACGCCAACGAAAAGACCUGGUGCAAUAUUUUUUGGUGUUACAG